GUAUUUGAAGCAGUGAAGUUAAGAAGAGACAGCCGCCCUCGCUGGAGUUUGCUGCAGGGGGGUGAGGUGUGGGGCCGCCGGCAGCAGCAGCAGCAGCAGCAGCAGCAGCAGCAGCAGCAGCUGCGUUGGUUUGUGCUGACGCUGCAGCAGCUUAUCGUGCUGCAACCCCACGAAGGAGACAGAAGCACCCCAGGGAGUCUCAGCAGCAACACAACUGCUAGCAGCAGCAGCAGCAGCAACGGCAACAGCAACAGCAACAGCAGCAGCAGCAACGGCAACAGCAACAGCAUCUCCGCCAAGUCAUCAAUGGAGAAGGCAAAUAACUCUUUAUUUAAAACUUUAACAGGUAUUGUCUGCUUGGGAGCUGAGGAUACACCUGGAUGCUGCUGUCUCCGCGUGAAGAGCAAUCAUAGGAUUAACGCACUUAAGAGCGUCUCUGUCUCUGCAGCAGAUAAGCAGCUGCUGCUGCUGCAUUAUAAAAACAAUAAAACUAAUGCUUAUAAACUCAUCGCCAGAGAGACAUUUACACAGGCACUGCGCACAAGGCUAGCAGCACUCAACCUAGACCUAGAAUGCACUGAAGAAGCUUAA